GGUUGCAGCUAGAAAAAAAUAAAACUAGCAAUGGAGCCCUUAUAUGAAGAAUAUCUAGCAGAUCAUGGAACCAUAGUAAAACCUUAUUACUGGCUAAGCUUCUCUCUAGACUGCUCUAACUGUCCUUACCACAUUCGGACAGGUGAAGAAGCCAGGGUUCCCUAUACAGAAUUUUAUCAGAUUUUUGGAUUCCCUUAUGGGCCAGCAUAUCCUCAAACAAAGCACCUCACAUUUUAUGAACUAAAAACUUCUUCUGGAAGCCUAAUGCAGAAGGGUCAUGCCAGCAGUUGCACGGGGAAUUACACCCAUCCAGAAUCAAUGCUUUUUGAGAAGAACGGCUAUCUUGACUCAGCCAUGCGCAACAAUGACGCCAUCAAGCACAUCAUUCUGUACUCCAGCAACUCCCCUUGUAAUGAAGCAGACCACUGCUGCAUCAGCAAAAUGUACAGUUUCUUAAUAAUGUAUCCAGAUGUUACUCUGAGCAUUUACUUUUCUCAGCUCUAUCACACUGAGCCUGAAUUUCCUGCCUCAGGGUGGAACCGUGAAGCUCUCAGAAGCCUGGCCAGUUUAUGGCCACAGGUCAUUCUGAGCCCAAUAAGUGGUGGAAUGUGGCAUUCUCUCCUCAACAGCUUUGUCAGUGGUGUCUCAGGAUCAGCUGUUUUCCAGCCCAUUUUAACUGGGAGAGCACUGGCUGACAGGCACAACGCAUAUGAAAUCAACGCCAUAACAGGAGUGAGACCAUACUUCACGGAUGUUCUUCCCCAGACAAAAGAGAAUCAGAUCAUGAAAGCUCAGGCAGCCUUAGACAGCUACCCCUUAAACAAUGUCUUUCCUGGACAGUCUUUUCAAGUGGCUAAUGGACAACCACAAACCAAUCUGACCCCAGACUUCAGGGUUCCGGUCGUUUUUGUGCUGGUGCCUUUCAGAGACCUACCACCAAUGCAUGUGGGUCAAAACCCACAUAAACCCAGGAACAUCGUAAGGCACUUAAAUAUGCCUCACAUGUCAUUCCAGGAAACCAAGGACCUCAGAAGGCCCCCCAUUGGAAUGCCACUGGAGGGAGUGGAAAUCAUGGAGCAGUUAGCAAGUCCCAAAGAGGCAGAUGAAAAGAAGAAAAAGAAGAAAGGAAAAAAAUAAAAUCUGUAUUUCUACAACAUGAGGCCAAACAACGACCAGCGGACUUAACUAGAUAGCAAACAAAACUCUGUAAACUUUCUCUCUUAGGUCUGAUCCAAGACUGGAGAUAAACUGAUACUCCAAAAGCAAAACCUGAAUUAUUCACCAGCUCAACUAUUAUAAAGCUACACUACUUUUAUUUUCAUAAGUAAAUUGAUCUAUUUUGAAAGUGACAGUAUUAAAAUGGAGCCAUUAGUACCUUACUAAUAUUUUGGUGUGGAAAAGGAAAUGUCAUUAUUUUAGUCUACCCACAUCAUCUUUCCACCAAAAAAAAAAAAAAAAAAAAAAAAAAAAGCCUGUGGACUAAAGAGCUUCCUAAAUUGGUUUCAGUAUAAAACAUUACUGUAAAAUUGGAAAACAGCCUGAAGUUACUGACAUCAAGUGCUGCCUGCAUAAGCAAAGCAGUGAUUUUCCAUUAACUGUUAAUCAUGGAUACAAGACUUUAGGCAGCCCAACUUUUUUUUCUAAAAUGGUUCAAAAGAGUUUUCUGUGGGGGAAAAAAUAAGCCCUUUCACUAAUUAAUUAUAUAUAGCCACAAAAAUUGAUUUUUGAAACCUCAUCACCUGCUCAGUGUGAUAUUUCCUCGCUUAGACCUCUCCCUCCUGAGCAGAUGACAGAAGUAGGAUGAUACACGGGAACAUGCAAAGGCUCCUUCCUUCACAUACCAUAAAAAAUCCAAGCUGCCCUUACUGGCCGUCAAGCCUCCUUCUCUACCUUCAGUUGUGUUGUCUCAUCAGCAAGAAUGUAAGUUCUGACAGGUCAAGCACUGUCUCUCUUCUCUCUUUGGUUUUCCCUUAGAAUCUGGCCAAGUAUUCAGGCAACAUGUGGGUAGCAAGAUUGUGGAUCUACAUCUCAGUAACGAUACCAAUCACUGCUUCCCAACGUUCCUUAUCCAGGCCAGCCAAGAGCUUGCUUAACCAUCCUACGGUGGACAUCUUUGUUAUUAUCAGCCAUUCUCCCUUCUUCUGAUACAGGUUCCCAAUGCAUAAUUUGUUUGUUUUACUUCCCUUUUAUCUGAAUCUUUCUUUUUCACCAGUGCAUAUCUAUACCUUCUCUUAAAUCUUGUUCAAAACACACUUCUUGAAAGUGCUCCUUGAUGAACCAUCUGAGUAUGUACAUUAAAGCACUUUGUAUUUAAUUAA